GUCCAUUGUUGUAUGACGUCACGUAAGUCCGGCAUUAGUUACGCACAGAAAUGCGAUGGACACGACGGAUGAUUGCUCGAGUCAAAGCCCUGACAAACCGGCACUGGAAGAUGACGCAGACUUGUCGUGCCCACAGAACUUAUAUUUCAAAGAAGAACAGCCAUUGUCAGAUCUUAUUUUGUUGGUUGAGGGCGAGCGUCUGUUUGCGAGCCGAAGUCUUCUAGCUCUGGCUUCACCAGUGUUCAGUAUCAUGUUUACGUCAGAGUUCAAAGAAAAGGACCAAAAGGAAAUUGAACUACCCGGAAAAAAAUCUAAAGAUAUCGAUGAACUAUUGAAGUUUCUGCAUCCAGGAAUGGACGACAAUUUAGAGCAGGGACAUGUAUCGGCGUUCCGGCUGUUACCAAUUGCAGAAGAAUACCAACUGGUCAAACUUAUGGAGAAAUGUGAGGACACCAUUCUGGAGAAAAUCUCGGAAGGUCAUUUGACUAGGGAUAAAGGAGAAUUUGUGGUGAAAUGUUUAGAAGCCUGUGCAAGGUAUGGUUUGGACAAACUCUACAGAGCCGUUAUUCAGAAGUGUUCUGAAAAACAGCUGCUAGUGAAUAGCGUCCGCAAAAAUGAGUCGCUCCCAUUGGAAGUCAAGAACCGGGUGUUUGAGGAGAGACUAUCCAUUCUUGAAAAUGAGCGCGAAAUUUUCCUGUCAACAAGGGAACGUUUGGAAACGGUCAAGGGUCGUCUGCGCGCGAUCAUACAGCCACACGAGAACCACUGCCGCUGUCGAGUCGAACUCAAACUCCGCUCCAAUAUGCAAAGGUACUGCACGUAUUGUUCUCGUAACUGGUGUUCGGACCACGUGAGUUCCGAGUCCUACCGAAGUUCCUACUGGUUCAACUGCAACCAUCGAGUGGGCUUCACCGUAGCAAAUGACGGUCUGCUCAAAGCCUUCAUAGAGUCCAAAGACUAGAUACACUACCAUGUAAUCAAUCCGGACGGACACGUUUCGAAUAUUCGAAAAGGAUUGUUUCUAAAUUUAAUUGAAUUUAAUUGAAGAAUAAUGGACGAAGGCUUAAAGCCCCUAGGUCCAUAUCAAUACAUAUUUAACAAAAAGUAAAAAGUUUAUAGGUGUGUCAAUGACAGCAAUACAAAUAUGUAAAAAAUAGUCUAAUUGUAUUUCACGUAUCAAAAAUUGUUUCUUUAAAAUGUUCAUCAAUUAAAAUUUCAAAUGUCUUAAUCAUAUUAU